AUGGCUUUAACCUUUAGUUUACAAGCUGAAUGCGGAGUAACAAGAGCUCGUGCAGGGAUUAUGACGUUACCGCACUAUAAUGUUAAAACACCAGUAUUUAUGCCAGUCGGCACACAGGGCACAAUGAAAGGGUUGCUACCGGAACAACUUGAGGAUCUGGAUUGUGAAAUCAUUCUUGGCAAUACAUAUCAUUUGGGUAACCGGCCUGGCACGGACGUCCUAAAAAAAGUUGGAGGCUUACACAAAUUUAUGGCUUGGAAUAGAGCACUUCUGACAGAUUCAGGAGGUUUUCAAAUGGUUUCCCUUUUAAAAUUAGCAGAGAUUACAGAAGAAGGUGUUAAGUUUAAAUCCCCAUAUGAUGGAUCUGAAGUUAUGUUGACUCCAGAAAAAUCGAUUGAAAUUCAGAAUUGUAUAGGUGCAGAUAUCAUAAUGCAGCUUGAUGAUGUGGUUCAAACAACAUUUCAAGAUAAUGAGCGUAUAAAAGAAGCUACAGAACGGACAAGUCGUUGGUUAGAUAGAUGUUUGAAAGCACAUAGCAGACCUUUAGAACAAAGUAUAUUUCCUAUUGUGCAAGGCUUAUUAAAUAGUCAAUUAAGACGCCAAAGUGCAGAGGAUCAUAUGAGAAAGAAUGUAAAUGGUUUUGCAAUAGGCGGUUUAAGUGGUGGUGAGGCCAAAGAUGAAUUUUGGCCAAUGGUCAGUUUGAGCACAGAAGUUUUAGAUACAAAACGUCCUCGUUAUUUGAUGGGAGUUGGUGUGGCUGUUGAUCUUGUAGUAUGUGUUGCUCUUGGUGUUGAUAUGUUUGAUUGUGUUUUUCCAACACGUACUGCUAGAUUUGGAUGUGCUCUGGUUAAGACAGGACAACUAAAUUUAAAACAGAAACAGUAUGAAACUGAUCUAAGACCAAUAGACAAAGAUUGUUCAUGUUCUACUUGUAAAAAUUACACAAGAGCAUAUAUACAUUGUAUUGUAUCGGUUGAAACAGUGGCUUGUCACUUAAUAUCUGUUCAUAAUAUUGCAUUCCAGCAAUAUGUAAUAUAA